AUGUCCACCGGGCCCUGCCCCGCCGCCAGUCCACGCUCCAUGGCCCACUUACAUUCUUCCGAGAUCAGACGAGAUCGGAAGCAUUCAGGGUGGUGUGGCCCUAGAUGUAAAAGGUACCGCUAUUACCAGAACGUGUGCACCCACAGCUACUCCUUCGUGUGGUGGGACUGGGCCCGCUGGGAACAGGAGAUUGACUGGAUGGCACUGAACGGCAUCAACUUGGCACUGGCCUGGAGCGGCCAGGAGGCCAUCUGGCAGCGGGUGUACCUGGCCUUGGGCCUGACCCAGUCAGAGAUCGAUGAGUACUUCACUGGCCCUGCCUUCCUGGCCUGGGAACGCAUGGGCAACCUGCACACCUGGGGUGGCCCCCUGCCCCCCUCCUGGCACCUCAAGCAGCUUCACCUGCAGCAUCGGAUCCUGGACCGAAUGCGCUCCUUCGGCAUGAUUCCCGUGCUGCCUGCAUUCGCAGGGCAUGUCCCCAAGGCUAUAACCAGGGUGUUCCCCCAGGUCAAUGUCACCCAGAUGGGCAGCUGGGGACACUUCAACUGCUCCUACUCCUGCUCCUUCCUUCUGGCUCCCGAAGACGCCCUGUUCCCUGUCGUGGGGAGCCUCUUCCUGCGGGAGCUGACCAAGGAGUUUGGCACAGAUCACAUCUACGGGGCCGACACGUUCAAUGAGAUGCAGCCCCCCUCCUCAGAGCCCUCCUACCUCGCUGCAGCCACUGCCGCUGUCUACCAGGCCAUGGUCGCAGUGGACCCUGACGCCGUGUGGCUCCUCCAAGGCUGGCUCUUCCAGCACCAGCCGCAGUUCUGGGGCCCCCCCCAGGUGGAGGCCGUGCUCAGGGCCGUGCCCCGCGGCCGCCUCCUCGUCCUGGACCUGUUCGCUGAGAGCCAGCCCGUGUACGUCCGCACAGCCUCCUUCCAGGGCCAGCCCUUCAUCUGGUGCAUGCUGCACAACUUUGGGGGCAACCACGGCCUGUUUGGGGCCCUGGAGGCUGUGAACCGAGGCCCCGCAGCCGCCCGCCUCUUCCCCAACUCCACCAUGGUAGGCACGGGCAUGGCCCCUGAGGGCAUUGGCCAGAACGAAGUGGUCUAUGCCCUCAUGGCUGAGCUGGGCUGGCGCAAGGGCCCCGUGGCAGAUCUGGGGGCCUGGGUGACCAGCUUUGCGGCCCGGCGGUAUGGGGUCUCCCAUGAAGGCACAGAGGCAGCAUGGAGGCUGCUGCUCAGGAGUGUCUACAACUGCUCCGGCGAGGCCUGCAAUGGCCACAAUCGCAGCCCGCUGGUCAGGCGGCCAUCCCUACAGAUGGUCACCGCUGUCUGGUACAACCGAUCGGAUGUGUUUGAGGCCUGGCGGCUGCUGCUGACAGCCACCCCCACCCUGGCCACCAGCCCAUCCUUCCGCUACGACCUGGUGGACCUCACUCGCCAGGCAGUCCAGGAGCUGGUCAGCUUGUACUAUGAGGAGGUGAGGACCGCCUACCUGAACAAGCAGCUGGUCCCCCUGCUGAGGGCGGCAGGCAUCCUGGCCUACGGGCUUCUGCCCUCCCUGGACAACAUACUGGCUAGCGAUAGCCACUUCCUGCUGGGCAGCUGGCUGGCGCAGGCCCGGGCAGCCGCGGUCAGUGAGGCCGAGGCCCAUUUCUAUGAACAGAACAGCCGCUACCAGCUAACCCUUUGGGGGCCAGAGGGCAACAUUCUAGACUACGCCAACAAGCAGCUGGCAGGACUGGUGGCCGACUACUACACCCCCCGCUGGCGACUCUUCCUGGAGACGCUGGCCGACAGCCUGGUCCGAGGCAUCCCCUUCCAGCAGCACCAGUUUGAGGCGCAUGCCCUCCAGCUGGGGCAGACCUUUGCCCUCAGCACACGGAGGUAUCCCAGCCACCCCCAAGGCGACACUGUGGACCUGGCCAAGAAGCUCUUCCUCAAAUAUUACCCCCGGUGGGUGGCUGGCUCCUUGUGACAGAUUAACCACCCCUGGGCCAUGUUCUCCCCAUACUCCAAGCCUGGCCAGGUUCCGGGGGUCUGGAACUGGGCAAGCGUUACUGGAGGUCCCCAAGCCUGGGUGAAGGGACUUAAGACCUGCCGGUCGGAUCAAGGUUAGGGGAUUUGGGGGGAAGUGAGCUGCCCUCCUCCACCACCCCAAAUUCGGGACCAAAGUACUGUUUUAAUACACCUUAAUAAACUGGUGAAUCACC